ACGUGACUUUGCAUUCCUGCUUGUUCUUGUGGCUCUAGCUACGGCAGAACGAACUGUUGUGAGCAAUGCCGAAGCGAUGAUUGAGAAUAUUCCUGUGAAUGGAACUUUAGCCAAGGAGGAGACAAUUCAAAUCGAAAUGACUGGAGUUAAGGAUCUUCGUUACUACGUUCUUGGAGUCAAGCUUGACUCGUAUUUUGGUUAGCUACGCAUCCAGGGUGAAUGCACUAGGUCUUCUGCUGCAGUCGGUUCGAAGAUUGGAGAGGCAAAGAUUACCUGUGAAACCACUCAGACCAUACCCAUUGAGAAUGGAAUUGCCAUGACCCGCUACAACGACCCCACGGUGUGCGCUGAUUCCACGCUCAAGAUUGAAAUCAGCAACCUGUACAGCGGUGAUGUCAAGUACUGGGCUAUUGCUGCGCGUGUUGAGAAUCCCAUGUACGAUUUUGUGAACAACCAGCCGCUCUCUGGCGUGUUGCCCGGCCAUUCGUCCUACGAAGUCGUCACCUACCGUGGAUACAUCGGUACUGAUUCGAGCUCGUCGGGCGCUGUGGACUUCGUGAACGUCACCGUGGACUACGACAUUUUCGCGGAGAGCACGUUCAAAGUAUACAUUUCGGACUCUCCGAAUCCCCUGAGUCGCGCCAAGAAAGAACUGCAGCGUGUGGGCGAUGAGUACUUCUACGCGCUCGGCCGCAACGACGAGCUCUUCUGCCACGACUGCUACCGCUAUGUGAUCGCGAUCCUGGACCACGCCGCGAACGAGCCGCUCUAUUUCUCGCUCAAGUUCAACGUGGAUCGCGGUACGUCCAUGCCGCUGCUGGAUGAUGUGCAGGCAUCAUCCACCUGGAGCACGAUAAGAUCACCACGGCGACCGUGA